UCCCUGCAUAGCGCAUGCAAUUCCAACCACCCUCAGGUACCCUUGUCAUGGUAUAUCUUUUCUUCCUGUUGGCUGUGCUUGGUCAUGUCCUUUCUGCCCCACUUGCUGCUGAAGAGUGUUCAUCCAGUGUUGUUUUGGAUGGGAAAACUGUGAAGGUUACCUCUCUUUUAAGUAAUCACAGGUGUUCCCUGUCUCACUUAUUUGAGUCGUUCUUUGAGGAUGAUGAUGUUCUAACCAGUACUGUAGGAGAUGGUUUUGCUCACAAGGUUUGUGUUGGUUUUUUGGAGUUGGUAAAAGUUGGAGAAACUGGGAGCCUUCUACGAGAAAUUUGUUUACUGGCUAAAUUUACAAGUUCAGAAGAGGAUUAUUGUCAACGUAGCAUAGAUCAAAAUGUUCCAGAUAUUAAGAAGUUAAUUAAUCUAUCUUCCUCAUUAUUGCUGCCUGAUGGUUAUCGUUCUGCACUUGAGAUAUUAUCUACUCUAGAUAGAGUAAAUUGUAAUGGCAUCUGUGGAGGAAGGAAAACUGUGUUGUGUGACACAGUUGUUGAACUUGGUAAAGCUUUUUCAAUGGCUAAAUCUUCUUCUAUUACAGACAAAAGCAGUGCAAAUCGAUCUCAUUCUGACAGUGAAGCUGCUGCAGUCAAUGAAACAAGAAGCCUUUCGACAGGAGUCACUAUCAAUAGUAACGGCCUUCCUAAAACAGAAAAUGGUACUGGUUCCUCAAAAACUCAGUUUAAUAGCACCAAAGGAACUACUUCAAAGCAACUUCCUAAGAUUACAGGAGACCAUAAUUCUAAUAAGCGUUUUUCAUCUCCAGACAAAAAUGUUCCCUCUCAAAGGCCUUCUGGUGGCCAAGGCCAGCAACUUGGCACAGAGCAAACCAAUUUAUAUCAACAAGUCAGUGAUCCAAACAAAAAGUCAUCAUCUACAUAUUCAGCAAGGCGCAGUCCAAAUAUUCCUGGACAGCCUAAUUUGUAUCCACCAGGACGCAAUCCGAAUGUUCCUGGACAACCUAAAUGGUAUCCAACAGAACGCAAUCCUAAUAUUCCUGGUCAGCCUAAUUUGUAUUCAACAGGACAGAAUCCAAAUAGUCCUGGACAACCUAAUUGGUAUCCAGCAGGGCGCAAUCCAAAUAUCCCUGGACAGCCUUAUUUGUAUCCAACAGAACGUAAUCCAAAUAUUCCUGGACAACCUAAUGGGUUUCAAACAGGACGCAAUCCAAAUUUUUCUGGACAGCCUAAAUGGUAUCCAACAGGGCGCAAUCUUAAUAUUCCUGGACAGCCUAAUUUGUAUCCAAUAGGACGCAAUCCAAGUAUUCCUGGACAAGCUAAUGGGUUUCAAACAGGACGCAAUCCGAAUAUUCCUGGACAGCCUAAUUUGUAUGCAACAGAACGUAACCCAAAUAUUCCUCGACGACCUGAUUCAUAUGGAAAAGGACGUAAUCCAAGUUUUCCUGGACAGCCUAAUUUGUAUUCAACAGGACGUAAUCAAAUUAACCCUGGACAGCCUCUUCAGUAUCCAGCUCAAAAUAAUCAAAAUAUUCCUGGAGGGCCUUUUCAGUAUCCAAUGGGUCGUAAACAAAAUGUUACUGGUCAGCCUGCUCCACAUCCGAGUAAACAGAGUCAAAAUCAAGGGACUCAAGGUGCCUCUACAUUGAAUCCUGGAGGAAGUAGACCCAAUCAAAACACUCCAGUUGGAUCUUCUAAUUCAAGUGCAAAUUUUCAUAAUCCCAAAGUUACAGAAGAUAAUAUACAGAAUCAAAGGAAUCCUUUGGAAAAAUCUGGCCCCCAGAAUCAAGGAAAAAGUGAUGAAGAUGUUGUCAGCAACCAAUUCAACAAGACACAUAUAGUGCACUUUCCUGUAGAUCCUGAAAACAAAGGACCAUUGCCACCGGAUUUGGGUGGAGAAAAGAGUAGUACCAAAAAAGGUGAGGAACUUGAUAAAAGUGGCAAAAAAUCUGAAAGUGGAACAAAGCCAAGUGGCACUGAAGCAAAUGAUCUGCAAGAAGGCCAGACAAAAGAUGAUCUACCCGGUGAGACCAAUAGUGAUAUUGUAAUUGAUAAAGAAAAGCAAAGCAUUGAAGACAAUUUGGAGCAAAACAAGGAAGGUAAAGAUGGCAAUAGAAAAAAUGAUGAUGCUUUUGUGGAUGUUAAGAAAGAACAAGAGGAUGAUACUCUGACUUCAUUUUCCGAGGGUGCUGAAGCUAAUCAAAUGAAUGCUGCACUAGAGGAUAAGAAUAAUGCUGAUUCCUUUCAGAAUUUUGAUUCUUUUUCAAAUGAUGAAAGUGAGAAAGGAAAUAAGGACUUUCAAGAACCUCUUCCAAAUGAAAAUGAAAAGUCAAAAUUUCAUGCCGACUCUGAUACUCCUUCUACAAAACCUACGUCUCAAAAGUCAACUAAUCCUACUACUGAAGAGAUGUCUAUUGACGAUGAGUAUCAUGGAUAUGGUACCUGGCAUUUUGUUAGUAUUUUUCUUAUUGUAAGUGUGAUUGCAAUAGUUGGAUACUUCUUUGUGCAUAAUCGUAAGAAGGUAAAGAGAAAGUCUUACAGGUCAGAUAGCUGGAAAAGGACGCCGAAAGAAUAAUUAUCGACCUCUCAGCCAGCAAUAACAGCCAGAUCAUUAACUUUGUUGACAUUGUGUUUAUUGCAUGUAUGUGUUGCAAAGGUAUUUUGAAGUGAUUUUUGAAUGGUUCUUUUAUGAAACUUUUUAA